AUGUCAUCGUCUUUUCAAUUUCCUGCUUUACUUACUUCAGUUAAACUUAAUCUAAAAAUUUCAUCUUUCGCUGAGCUGAUUCCAUUUUUGAAAGGUUUGCCGAAAUUGCAAAAGCUGAAUAUUAUCAAUUGGUUGAAUGUCGAAGAAUCAAUGGAAACUUCCUGGUUUCAACUGAUUACCGAAUAUUUACCUGUUUUGAUCGAAUUUAAAUUAACAUCGUCUGUAGCUUCGGAAAAUGUUAUUGUUUAUCUUCAAUCAUUUCGAUGGUCAAAUACAUGGCAUAUGCAAGAAAAAAUCAUCGGAAUCAGAGCUAGUUCUACUCUAAUUAAAAUUCUACUCAGUAAACUUUGA